GGAACUGAAAGGAGGGGACAGGACUGAGUAUCUGGUGCUUUCCUCCUCUCCCAGCUGGAGGAAGUGAGGCGGUGAUUUCCAGCCGAGGACGAAGCUGAUUCGCCUGCUACGUAUUCGAAUUUCCCCGUUCCACCUUAAACGGCUCCACCUUAAAAAAAAAAAGAAAAGAAAAAGUCUUGUUCAAAAUUUCUUAAAAAGUUCCAUCUUAAAUCCUGGUUACAAGUUUCCCGUUCCACCUUAACUGAAUGUAAGCGCCGCACUAUUUAAGGUGGAACGGGGAAAACGAGCAAGACGCUGGCGAAUAGGAAGCCAGCCUCAGCCUCGUCAGCAGACGGGCGCUCGUCGGCGGGGUGGAAGCAGCUCGCGGCAGGAGCGUCUGCGGGGUAAAGGGAAUAUCCCGAGAUGGAGAGCUAAACCGCGCCGUAUCUCGGGCUCUGGCUUGGUUCUGUAGCGCUCUGUUGACCCGCACGGCCACAAUGUCGUCCGCAGAAAGUUUGCUGGACCUGCAGUGGCUCUGUGUGCUCACCCUCUUCAUGGCCUCCGUGGUGACUCUGCUGCUCUACUUCGUGCAGUACUUCUCGCGUUUCUCUCCUCCUGGGAGCCGAGCGGAGACCGAGGAGGACUCGGGGGAGGCAGAGGAGCUUCUGUGCUGGACGCUGGGGCUGAAGAGCUGGAGGAGUGAAUGGAGAAGAGCCUGGUUCAGAGCUUUAAACCAGUCUAAAGCAGAGGGGCACGUCCAGCUGACUUUUGAAGAAGACGGUGUGCAAACGUCAGAACUGACCGUGGGCCGCAUUUCGAGCUUUAGCAGAUCAGCAGGACAGAAGAAUGUGCAGUGUGCCAUGUCCGGAGAACAGCUGCAGUUUUCUCUCAGCGCCUCUCGAAACGCAGCCCCCACAGAGACCCCCCUGAGAUACAGCGUCAAAAUAUCCCCCCUACAGCUGCAGCUGGCCCUGCAGCUGAGGGAGGUUGAUGGGCAGGUGCAGGUUACCUGGGCAGUGGAACACCUGGACUGUGCACACAUACGGCUCACACCCAGUUACACACAGCAGGGAGUGUGUGCAGGUCUGAGUGAAGCUGAGGUGAUGGCGAGACUCCGGAAGGUUCUGAGUGACACUCGUCCGUCUGUAAAUCUGAGCAGCCGGCCUGCACAGCCUGGAGAGGUGCAGGAAGUCAGGAGCAGGACCCCCCCACUGACCUCCCCACCGAAACCCCCUCGAGCACACGAGUGGAAACUGUUAGUGAAGAACAUCCGGGUCACGUGCAUGGAGGAGGACGCUGCAGGCAGCGUGAGUCCUCAGUGUGUUCUCCAGUUGGAUGACCCUCCUCAGAAACUGACCAGUUCAGCGUUGGCCGACACACGCACCCCAUCCUGGGAGCAGCCGUUUAUAUUUGAACUGAGCGGCAAAUCCAAGGAGCUGAACAUCCAGGUGUUGGAUAGCAAGAGCAUUCCGGAGAGCGGCUUGCUCGGUCAGGUUUGUGUUCCCUUUGAUCUGGUGAAGAGGCAUCCUCGUGGUCAGCAGACAUUCGCUCUGAUGAACAACGACCAAGUGACCGGCUCUCUGACUUCUGAGUUUACAUACCUGGAACCCAGUGAGGUGCGCACCUGGCAACCACCCACACCGGCCCCUUCUAAGCGGGUGGAGAUGGACCGGACGGUGAUGCCCUGUGGUACCGUGGUAACCACCGUCACUGCAGUGAAGAGCAGACCAGGACGGCCACUGCCCCCAGAAACUCCAUCCAAAUCCAAGCUGUCGGAGAGGAGAGUGUCCGAGCAGCCCUCGAAGCUCGGAGCCAAAGUCAGCAAAGCUUUAUCAUCAUCAGAUACAGAGCUGCUGAUGCUGAAUGGGACGGAUCCUGUCGCCGAAGCCGCCAUCAGACAGCUCUACGAGUCGGCCAAACAGAAACACAAAUCUCCGGUCAAGAAGAGCACCAUUAUCAUCUCUGGAGUGACAAAGGCUCCUCUGUCCCAGGAUGAGGAAAUGGCUCUGAUGGCUGGUUAUGCUGCUGCCAUGGAUGCUUCCAUGUCUGGAGCAUCUGACAACAUGAAAAAUGAUGAGGAAAUGACCUUGUCUGAGCCGGCGGCUGACCCCACUGCGUCGGACGUCUCGGACCCCCUAGAGGGUCCCAGCACGGCAGGGCAGGAGGACUGGGAGAGCCAGGCAGGAGAAGAUCCAGACGCUGAUAAAACAUCUCUGUCCCUCUGCAUGUCUGAGACCGGCUCCAAAAAGGGGAAAGAGGAGAGCAGUGAUAAGCAGACAGUUUUGCUGGCCGAGCAGCUUCCUGCACAAGAGCGCCAAGCUGUUCUUCAGGAGGAGGCACCAGAGGAAGGAGCCGGGCAUGAGCCAGUCCCACAACGACCUGCAGUACCUGGAGCAGCCGCCGGACGUCUCGGCAGUGUCCGAGAGGGAGAAGAGGACGGCCACUUUCCGGAAAAUCAUCAACCGCAAACUUCUGCCCAAGAGCAAGAACAAAGCCAACGGGACGGCGAGGGAGCCGCCUUCGUGACCCGGUCCGACCGGUCGGAGAGCGCAGAUGGUGUGAGCUGUGUGCCGCUGCCGCUCUCUCGAGGCAGACGUGUCCAGUACGGCACCGAGUGCUGCUCUGCAGAGUUUUAACACGGGGGGGGUUGGGGGGUCCCUGAUCACGCCUGGCACACGAAGGGUUAACAGGUUAUAACACAGAAGGAAUGUGUUGUUAAUUAACACGUCGUUUUUUAGAGUGAUGCCGUCCUCGUCCUCAUCCUCAUCCUCAUCCUCGCUCCCUCUCUACCUCUGUCCAGCCACUCUUCUCCUCUCAAACCUCGCCAGCGUCGCCUCCCCCCUCACACACGUUUAGAAGACCCCCUCACGCUCAGCGCGUUUCCCCCGCGGUUUGGUUAAUCAUGCUUAUUUUGUCGAGAGCCUCCUGUGAGACAGUGACCAGAGUCGCCACUGCCCCGCAGCCCCCCCGCUCGUUACCUGUAAACAACAUCUCCCCACUCUCACACUCCUGUCACACCACUCCAGCAGGGCUUAUGCUGCACCCAGGCUCCCAUAUAGAACCAGAAACACUCAGAGAACCAUCUGCAUGGUGAGAUGGUUCUUCAGAUCGAUGGAGAAUGUGUGGUAUAUGAUUCUCAUGAAGCACCAAAAAAUGUUCUGCUGCUGUUAGGAUGUAAAGCUUGUGACAAUAGAAGAACCGUUUUAGUGCAUUUUAAAAAGGUUCUAUGUAGAACCAUGUAUAGCACAGCACCUUCUCCAUUCAUCUGAAGAACCUUUUCACCAUGCAGAGAACCCUUUAAGUAUGCAAGUGGUUCUUUGGUUCUACAAAGCAUUUUUUUGGAAAUGGUUCUGUGUGGCUCCAAAUAAGGGUUCUGCCGCAGUUACUAUGUCAAGCUUGUAUAAACAGUGGAACCCUUUUUGGUGCUAUAUAGAACCAUUUUCUAUACUGAAGGACUGUGUACCAAAAAAGAGAGGAGACAGAGGGUUAAGGAACCUGCUGCGCUGGUGAGACACGUUCUCCCUCUGAUGGCACUUCAACUCCAGACUAUAAAACAUAAAAUAAUCUGCAGAUACUCAUCGGCAGGUGUGUAGCCUACAUGCUAAUCCAGCUGCUGUGCUAAUCCAGCUGCUGAUGGUUAUUUCAUUAUAUUUUAUGUCCCGUUUUCAUAUCAACUGCACUCACUAUAUCACAGAAUGAGUCCAGAGACUCUGGAGAAAGAUAAACACUGGUCCACAUUCUAGUCUGCAUGCUAGUCCACAUUCUAGUCUACAUGCUAGUCUACAUCCUUGAUCCGAGUCUACAUGCUAACCCACAUGCUUCUUUACAUGCCAGUUUACAUGCUAGUCCACAUUCUAGUCUACAUGCUAGUCCACGUGCUAGUCCACAUCCUUGAUACUAGUCCACAUGCUAACCGACAUGCUUGUUUACAUGCCAGUCUACAUUCUAGUCUACAUGCUAGUCAACAUUCUAGUAUAUGUGCCAGUCUACAUGCUAGUCCACGUGCUAGUCCACAUCCUUGAUCCUAGUCCACACGUUUACCCACAUGCUUGUUUACAUGCCAGUCUACAUUCUAGUCUACAUUUUAGUCUACAUGCUACUGUUCAGCUUCCAGUGGGACGUCUUUUAUAUCCGACGCGAGCGUCACCUGUGGCCUUUUAACCUCUGGGAAUGCCGAUGGCUGUCGUUAGCAUUAGCGCUGAGGUCAGGGCAGGGCGUGGCUUUAGUCUCGAGGGAAAACACGUUAAAACCUCGGCGAAUCCGGGUUUGGGGAAGGACAUCGUGCUUUGGUGAAGAGCGUUGUGAGGUCAGCGUGUUCAGCCCUGCCCCCGGGAGGGGGCAGUGCUAUAGUACUGAAAAUAUUGGGACGUUUUUUGUCCGAACGCAGACGUUCUUUAUUUCUUAAUAUUAUUUUUAACGGUAUGUAAAAGUGACGCUUUCUUGCUUGGGCUAGAUGUUUAACGGCCUCAUGGAGUCGAGCUUGACCACAACAUAAACCCUGAGUGAGUCCUCAGCUUCUGCAGCGGCACCUGCAGCUUACUGACCGCUUCACAAGGCUAAUCGCGCUCUCGGGUCAGUGCAGCCAUGUGACUUUACAGUGAUAGCAGUGAUUUAGAGCGGGUUAGCCAGAGGAUAGUGGCCCACUGGCGGUCCACUGGCGGGUCACUGGCGGGCCACUGGCGGGUCACUGGCGGGCCACUGGCGGUCCACUGGCGGGCCACUGGCGGGCCACUGGCGGGCCACUGGCGGGCCACUGGUGUUUUGCUCAUUUUCCACUCACAGUCCAGUUUACUGACUUUUCCCUCCUUCAUUUCUUUAGUUACGCUUUGUGAAUUAGUUUGGUGAUUUUAGUCGAGCUCAGCGUCAACAACACUCGCUAAAAAUCCUUUUAUAUCCAGCCGUUACUUUUUUCUCUCUCAGUUGUUUAUAAUAUUAGUUUAUUUGGUUUAUUUUCCAAAAUAAAAGUCUCUCUGCAUUUAAAAUCAGUUUGGGGAGAUUAGAAACGAAUUAGAUCUUGUAUGCAGAACAGUAAUCUGGGUGGUCCGAGGGGGGAGCAGUGGUGUGCCGACCUCAUCGAGCCAGCGGACCGACAGAUGCGCUCCGUCUGGGGCCUCGUGAGACCGAGGGUGAGAAUGAGGAAGCGUGAGGUAUUUGAUAAGCGAAAUGGUCAAAUAUCCCAGGACAGCGGGAUUUUUCCUCAAAUGAGUUUUUUUUUGUUACUUACACUUUAAAUUUCUCAAUAUUGUUUGGUUUGAACUGUUUUUAAUCCAUCUAGAGUGUAUAUAAACAGAAUUCUGAUGAUUAUCAUUCCUUUUUUAUUUUAUCACUCAAACCCUCACUAAUGAUCCGCGCGGGAUUGUGAGCGUAACUGUUAACCAAAGGAUGUAAAACACUACUCCAGGGCAUUUGGAGUGAACUCCGCUCCGUAAGCUAGGCGUCUCCAGCUUAGACGUUCUUUAUUUUCUUUGAGAGCUUUAACGAGACAGUCUGAGCGUCACAGACUGCAGUUCUGAGUGCUUUGUUUGUUUGAUUGUUUGUCUGUUUGUUUGUUUGUUUUUGUUUGGUCAUAAACCCUGUACACUAAGGCAGGUGAGUCCAGCACAGCCUGACUGAUCUACCUGCUCUAGCACACCUGUUGGGGGGUAAAAAUGUGAUAAAUAGGCAUAUUUUUAUAAAAUAAUCAUAAUUACUGCCAUAGAAAGCUCCCCCUUGUGGAGAUCUGCAGCCAGAACAGGCCAUUUAUGUGUGUUAUUGAGCCAAAAGCUACAAACUGUUCAUGAGGUUUUUGUGAGAUUGUAUCAGAAUUUUAUCAAACAUGUUUAUGAAACAGUAAUUUCACCUUCAGCUUCCAGUAUUUUGGUCUCCCAUUCAGAGAGAGAGGAGUCUGGUCUUGUAUGGCUGGAAAUAACUGCCCAGCGGUGUUGCCAGGGUGGAGACGAGUGACCAGACCCUCCUAUAAGGACUUGGACGCAGCUCGGAUUGUAGCCGUUAGUUACACACUUAGAAAAGGGUUCUUCAGUAAAGGCAGUGGUUCUACUUCGAACCAUGCGUUCUAUGUAAUAUCAUUUGCAUGCUUAAGAGGUUCUCUGCAUGGUGCAGUCGUUCUUGAGAUUGAUGGAGAAUAUGAUGUACAUGUAGAACCUUUUCAAAAAUGGUUCUAUAUAGUUCCAAAAAAGUGUGCUAUUGUGAGAGUUUCAAGCUUGCAACAGUAGAAGAACCCUUUUGGUGCUGUAUAUAACCAUAUAAAAAUAUUAAGCAGGCAGAUAUCGCCCCCUAUGCUUCCUGUAGUGUAUUACAGUCUAUCAGAAUUCAAAUGUAAUGUUUAAUCC